GAUGGUACCUCCCAGAACGCCUAUCCCUACCGUUGGAGGCAAGGUCUGGCAAGAAUACCUUGAGUGCUCCGAGGGAGAGAGGAGCUCAGCAGAAGGAUGAGCGCCAAGGAGCCCCUCCUGGGCACCCUCAAAGUAUGUAUCCUCAACCUCCAAGGAAGUAGCAGCCCACACAAAGACAACUCCCCACACUUACAACCCUUUUGUGAGAUCCUUGAGAUGAUCCUUCGGAAAGGGAUAAAACAGCCAGUUCUGGGAUUCAAAAGGAAGGACUAUUGGCACUGGCUGGAACAGCUCCCAAACCAGGAGACCCCUCACAGCAUGCCACAUCUGUCAAUGAUGAUUGAGAAGACUAAUUCAUGUCAGAAGCUGCUGACAGCACAAGGAAGAGGACGGUACUUCUUGCGUCUUGCUUUGAAUGGCAAGUUACUAGCUGUUGCUCUUCAGCAGUUGGUCAAAUCUCCCAGGAUGUCUGAGUGGUAUGAUCCAUUGACCUCUAUCUUGGGCAAUGAAGAUUUUUCCGAGCCUUUCCUUUCUCUGAUGCUUGUGGUGACAGAAAUGAAUUUCUCCCUAGAUAUGCAGAAUUCCAGUUUCUUGGAUGAAAGCUGGCAACUUCCGGUGUGCGUGACCUACGACACUGUCCCCUGCAGGGAGCUUGGAAUGGUGCUCAGAUACUUAGAUGGACGGAUUUUCAUCAUAGAUGUGCUUCCACAAAGCCAGGCAGAGGUAGAUGAGGUUGUGCUGGUUGGAGACGUCAUUGAUGAAAUAAAUGGAUUUUCACUGAGGAAUGCAUGCAAUGGGCAGGCUGGGACGGUGCUGCAGAAGCUGAAGGGCAAACCACUGAGCUUCCGCCUAAUCCGCUGGAAAUGGCAUGAUGGAGGAAUGUACAAGCCACUGUUGCCUUACCUGAAAAUUCUCCGGGAGAAAAUCCCCCGCUUCCAGCUCCAGCAUGAGCAUGUACAGAAGGAAAAGAAAGAGGACCGGAGCUUACAGGGGGGCAGGCUGCUGUACAACCUGCGCUACUUAGGCCAGAUCAGUGUAGGAAAGUAUGGAGGCAAAGAAGUGUUAGACUGUGGCAUACCUAUGGUUUUAGAGAAAUGUUUACCACCACAGCUCAACCGCUAUAAUUGUUCACAACCUUUUUUUGUGAGCAAUUUCUGAAGUGCAUAGGAAUAUGGAUUGUGCAUUUAUCUGAAACAAGAAAUCAUCCUGGAUGUUCAUAUGCUGAGAGAGCCAAGUCUUCCAAGUGCAUAUAUGUGCUGCUAUCCGACUGAAGCUGCAUGAAAACUGAAGACUGAGCAUGCUUUGCCUAAGGCACCUAAAAAGCUCCUAGCUCAGUAUGCUUUUAGUGUAUACAGGACAUUUUUGAGCAUUUCCAGUGGAGAAUGCUGGAACCAACUUUUGUUUAACCAUACUCUGCAGGAGGUGGAGGUGGGGAUUAAAAAAAUAAUUAAGAAUCUCCUUGAAACAUCUGUCUUCCAUGAGAUGUCUUGUGGUAAUUGAGCAACAGUAAUCUUUUCAGAAGGGAAAGAAAGUGGAUAGGAGGAAUAAGAUGGUGUUUUCUUCACAAAUACUAGUCACUAAAAUGUGUAAAGAACUUAAAAAGUAAACAGCCUACCUCUGUAAACUGAAUCUGUGCAGCUUAACAUUGAAGUUUUGGGUGGCUCUCUCAGAGACGCAUACAUUGUCAAACCCUUCUACAAUAAGAUAGUGUGUUGUUAUUAUUAUUUGCUGUGAAGCUGGCUUUGCCUUACAGUGACCCAAUGUAAAAGAGAUCUGUAAGUGACCCUGUAUAACAGCACUCCUCAUACCUUAACUUGGGCCAUCGCUUCCUUCGUUGAGUCAAUUUAGUUGUAAAAAGUCUUCUUUACCCAUUGCUGCAACUUUACUGAGCAUUAUCCUCUUUUCUGGUGAAUCAUUUUGUCUCAUCAUUUGUCCAAAGCACAAGACCUUCAGUUUAGUCAUAAGACAUAGUUAGUGGUCAGUAAAUCCAGCACCAGUAGCAAUGGACAAAAUAUAAACUGAUUUUACCAGAAAGGUAACAAGCUAUCUUCCCUCAGGAUGUUUCAAAAUCCCUUACCUCUUGGAUACAAACAAAUUAUACUCUUGGUAUCCCCAUUGAUGUGUUCUGCAACCAUGAGGCAGUCAAACCACAUGUUAGUUUCUGUAAGAAAUUAAACCUCUGUUCAAAUCUCUUAAGAAUUGAUGUAUUGGUUAGUUUCACAUAUUUAUUUAUUUAUUUAUUAAAAAACCUUAAAUUGAGUCACAGUGAGGUAUUGAUCAGAAUGUUCCAUAACAGUACAGUGCCUGUGGCAGUUUGUGUGAUAUGUGAAUUGUUACAAGUGCCAAUUUUGGUAGAGCAUGGUGGGAGUUAUAGCCCAACACAUUUGGGGGUUGACAGAUAGGAAGAGUCAGGCCAAGCAAGUUCAUGUUCUGUUUUGUCAACUGCUGUCAGGCCUGGUCCUAGACUUUUCAGUAUAGGUCCCCAUUGUGACAUCCACACCCUUUUAGUAUCAUGUGAGCCGCCUUAGGUCCCUUUUUUGGGAGAAAGGUGGCAUAAAAGUGAAAUACAUACAUGCUCCAUGUUUUGAUUUCUGCUUAGCACAAGUUUCGUUUCUCUGUGUUAGUAACUUCUCUUUUUCAGUUAAUCUCAAAGGUGCUGCAAGAUUCCUUUGCAUACUGUGUGUUGUUUGCCUUCAAGUCAUUUUAACUUAUGGCGACUCGGUUUUCUUGGCAAGCUUCUUCAGAGGGAGUUUCCUAAUAUUAUCCUCUGAGACUGUGACUUGCCCAGUGGGUUUUCAUUUUCUGAGCAGGGAUUCAAACCCAGCUGUCCAUAGUCAGUCUUGUACUCAAACUGGCUCCCUGUUACUAACUGUAGUAACAGGAAAUCAUCAGAUGAAAUAACUUUUCUUUGAAUGUUCACAA